AUGCUUUUCCUCCAAUUGGUUGUUCUCUUGAUCGCCCAAGUGUGGGCUGUUAAGGUUGAAAUCGACGUGACCCAUGUUCCUACUGACUGUCCUCACAAGACCAAGGCUGGUUCCCAUGUUCAAGUACACUACAAAGGUUCCUUAGAAGAUGGAACCGUAUUUGAUGCUUCUUAUGGUAGACUGCCAAUUGGAUUCGAGAUCGGAGCUGGAAGAGUCAUUGCCGGUUGGGAGCAGGGUCUUUUAGACAUGUGUGUUGGAGAAAAGCGCACCUUGACCAUUCCUCCGGAGUUGGGCUAUGGCAGUUCUGGAAUCGGGCCAAUUCCUCCCAACGCCGUCCUAACCUUUGACGUCGAGUUAGUCGAUGUCUACAUCCCUAAGGAGGAGCUCUAG